UUUCUUUUAUCGAUUUCGAUUUCUGACCCAUAUAAACUUUUCUUUUCAGUUUUGUCCACUGUUAUAUCAGCCCUUCAUUUCCUCCAUCUUCUUCAGCAAAUCCCAAUCUUCGUCUUCUUCAUCACCAAAAAAAUGGAGAAAUUCAAAACCCUAGAAAUCGUUCAGAAAAAUCCAAACUCCUCGGUGUUUCACCUCCACCUGAACCGCCCAUCCCACCGCAACGCUCUCUCGCCGGACUUCUUCUCCGAAUUCCCCAGAGCCCUCGCGUCACUCGACCAAAACCCUAGCGCCAACGUCGUCAUCCUCUACGGCGCUGGCGACCACUUCUGCUCUGGCAUCGAUCUCAAAUCUCUGAAUUCAAUCGCCGAACGGGCUCUCUCCGGCGACCGCGGCCGCGGCGGCGAGUGGCUCCGCCGACACAUCAAGGGACUCCAGGACGCCGUGACGGCGAUCGAGCGGUGCCGGAAGCCGGUGAUCGCCGCAAUCCACGGCGCCUGUAUCGGCGGUGGAGUCGAUAUCGUCACCGCCUGUGACAUAAGGUUUUGCACGAAGGACGCGUUCUUCUCGGUGAAGGAGGUGGAUCUGGCGAUCACGGCGGAUCUAGGGACGCUUCAGAGGUUGCCGAGCAUCGUAGGAUUCGGGAACGCCAUGGAAUUGGCGUUGACGGGUCGGAGGCUUUCCGGUCAGGAGGCUAAACAGAUGGGUCUGGUUUCUGGAGUGUUCGGAUCCAAGCAAGAGAUGGACGACGCUGUGGGUUUCGUCGCUGAGGGAAUUGCUUCAAAGUCACCUCUUGCUGUGAGUGGGACAAAAGCAGUGUUGCUAAGAAGUAGGGACAUGAAUUUGGAACAAGGAUUGGAUUAUGUUGCCACUUGGAAUUCGUCAAUGCUCUUAUCUGAUGAUUUGAAUGAGACAGUCUCCGCUCAAAUUCAGAAAAGAAAACCAACAUUUGCGAAGCUCUGAAUCAACGAAUAUUGGAAUGAAUGUUCCUCAACUAUGACAAUAAUAAUGUUCUCUGUGUACUCUUGUUCAAUAAUAACACUUGUCAUGGCUCGUCAACCGCAUUUCCCUAUCACAUAGAAAGCAAAGCAGUGUCGUUGUCAUGAAUGAAGUGACUUGGAAAAUUUGGUAAGUAAAAACGCAAUAGUAA